AUGAUCUUCCGCCGAAAGACCAUACGCAGCCAAGCACCCACUCCGCAGGUGCGAGGGAGAUCCCCCACGCUGAUUCGCCUCGUCAAACAGAUGUUAUCCCCAUCUCUGCGGCGGGGAGCACCUCUUCCCUUCGGCUUUGUAGCCGAUGUCCUCUUUCACAUCAUCAUCAGCGGCGAGGUGAACACGAUACUGAGCCUCUGUCGGCUGAAUAAGGCCACCUAUGAGACCAUCAAGAUCCUCGAGCCGCAUAUCUGUACCUGGUUUCUGCGAUGCCACAGAAUUGAUGCCUUCGAUCCCAUCCUCACCAUGAGCCCGUGGACUGGGGAGCAGACCCCGCUGACGAUUCACACUUUGGUCCGGUUUCUCCAUCGACAUAACAUCGCCCGAGACUUAUCGCGACAUCUUGUACCCUCCGUAUGGGGCCCCUUCUGCGAGGAAGACAACACGGAGAUGAAUUUCGAGGCAGAAUUACGGCUGGCGCAACGGCUGGAACGAGGCUUACACGUUCUGUUUCACAUGGCCGAUAUUGCGCGGGAUACGGAGAGGCUCAUGCCGCCGAAGAAACCCCUGGCGCCAGUGGUCAGCGGGCGGCUGUUUGUUCUGGGCAAGAUGCUGGACGAGUACGACGAGCUUCCGCCGCAGAGACGAAAGAUGAUGACCUUCGAAGAAUACACCAACCAUGUGUACACCGUGUUGAAAUGGGGCUAUGUGGAAGCCGACGUGGGCAGACGCCGACUCGAAUUCCGCGGCUGGCUCGACGAGCAGACCGAGAUCGACUUCCACGCGGCGCUGCGGAUGUUGCGGGAGCUGAUGGAACGCAUGCUCCUCCGCCACGGCCCGAAGGACUGGCACCGGGACGCACGGAACGAAUACAGCGUCAUCUCGUGGUUCAUCCUGAAGCAACCUCCGCGGUCCCUGGCGAAGUUGUUCCUGGACCCGCAGAACGAAUGCUGUGAGCUGGACGUGAAAGGUGCGGAUUGCGGAGCCGUCAGGAAGUGCCAUUUCUCCGACCCGCUGGAUAAUUACUGGAAGGCGUGGAAGAACGUCCCCGACCUCGGCUGCCAGGACUGUGACUGCAAGCGGCGCGUCCGCAGUUGGAGCGUGAAACCGGCCCUGAUCGAUGCCCGAGGACGGGAGUUCAACCGCUGUGCGGAGCGAUACCUGAGGGAGAUGUGGGGCCAGCGCCACGUUGGCCUCCAUCGUGCUCUCACUCUGGGGGUUUUCAGUGCGUAUGACCAGGUCCAAAGACGACCGUUCGUAAUCCAAACCGUGGUUCACAUCUUGAAUGACGGCGACGCGCUCGCCAGCCCGAUCCCUCGGGUGGAGGACCCGAUGGAUCGACGGGGCUCGUAUUUGAGUUCCCUCUACCACGAUUUCGGCACCCUGUCCGCCCACGAUGGUAUUCGUGUGGAUCUGCAGCUGUGGGUGGUCCCUGACAACAUGCAGCUCAAGACCAUCUUCGGCGUGCUCGCCCUCGCCAGCAUGGGGUUCACCUCCUUAACCCCCAACCCAGACGUCGAAGACUUCGAGGAGCGGGACCUCGAAGAACGGCAUUUCGGUUACUACAAGGACUACUGCUGCAAAAACAAGAUCGAUACUAAGGACUGGGUCAUUCUCUGGAUCAAGGUUGCCGGGGUGGGGAUUGACUGCGUGCAAACUAACUAUUGCCCCACUGGCAAGUACAAGUGCAAGAGUAACUUCCCUCUCGAUAAAAACAAACAGAUUGUCUGCAACGAGUUUCCUUAUUGA